AUGGAACUCAACCGAGAACAUUUUCGCGCCAUAAUUUAUUCCGACGAUCCCAGGGUGGGUGCACCAAAAACGGCAGUCACCCAGGAAAACAUGGUUGUGACAUUUGUGUCAAAAGCGGCUGUUACUGCGGAUUGGUAUACCACCAUUUGUUUGCCAAAAGUCAUCACCGAGCUUCGAAAAAUCAAGCCCGAAAGAAGAAUCAUCCUCCACCAAGACAAUGCAAGCUCGCACACAGCCCAAAAAACAAGGCAGUAUUUAACGGAAGAAAACGUGGAAUUAUUGGACCAUCCUCCAUAUAGUCCCGAUCUAAGUCCUAACGAUUUCUUUACUUUCCCGAAAAUUAAAAACAGACUGCGUGGUCAAAGGUUGCAGUCACCAGAAGAAGCAGUUGACGCAUUCAAAAAUGUCGUUUUGGAUCUGACAACAAACGAGUGGAAUAAGUGCUUCGAAAAUUGGUUCGAGCGCAUGCAGAUGUGUAUUAAUGUUCGUGGAGAAUACAUGUACUUCGAAAAACAAUAAAGUCAUUUAAAACUA